CAAGAUGCCCGCCGAAUUCUCGUCUUGAUAGAUAUUAAUAAGAUAAAUUUCCUUUAGAUACAAUAACAACAGAAGGACAUGUCUAUCUUGGUGUGGACAUUACUUCUAUAUUCCGUACUUUUAAUGGUCAAAGCUUAUACAACAUUGCAGACUAUCGAUCUAAACGGACAAUGGGUUAUAACUGAUGAAAGUCGGGCAUGGGCCGGUGCUUCAUCUGACAGUUCACCAGAAAAGGGAAUAGGUUUGAGUCUACUUAGCCAUACAAGGCUGGUUUUUGACUUGAAAACCACAACAAAUGGUUUGGAGAGAAGUAAAUUCACAGAUAUCAAGGUUGGCUUUAGAACAUUGAUGAAACAAGGAAUUCUUCUUCAAAUGCAAUCAACUCAGGGAGACUACAUAUCACUAAAGAUGAACAAUGCUGGUGGGAUAAAGUUAGUUGUGGACUUUGGACAAAUUAGGUGGGAAACAAACACGCCAUACCAAGAAAAAGAUUAUGCAGACAAAAAACAGCAUGAAGUUCAUAUCUGGAGAACUGGUGUCAACAAUGAGAUUAUUCAUUUACAGGUUGACAAUGACACUAUAACAUCAGAUGUGUUACAAUUUGAUUUUCCAAGUAACAUAAGAUUUUUGUUUAUUGGAAGUAAUGAUACUUUGGAAGAUGUGUGUAGAUUAGAAGAUACAAGAUGGUCUCGAUGUCAGGGAGGAGAUAUUUCAAAUGUUCAUAGUUAUUACACACAAUUUUGUUUCUAUAAGAUCGAGAAACUUUUAACAGUCGUUGGCACAGUGCCAGGAAAUAUCUAUACUUCACUUAUAAACAAUAAUCAAAUUGAUGACCCAUACUAUAGAGACAAUGAUGACAGAUAUAGAUGGAUUGCCAAAGAUGAUUGGUCUUAUACCAGAGGUUUUCAAGUGACGUCUGCCAUGUUUUCAUCACAGUCACUUGUACUGGUUUGUGAAGGACUGGAUACAGUAUCCCGUGUUUUUAUCAAUGGAUUCAUAGUUGGAACAUCAGAUAACAUGUUUGUUAGAUAUGUGUUUGAUAUAAAGAGAAUUGCUAGGGUUGGGACAAAUAACUUAACAAUAGUGUUUUCAUCACCUGUGAAGUUUGCAGAAAGUGAAUCCAAGUCAUAUCAUUAUGCAGUACCACCAGUGGCCCUGGUUCCAGAAUACCAUGGUGAAAAUCAUGUGCAGUUUAUACGUAAAUGUCAGUGUUCAUUCAGCUGGGACUGGGGACCAUCAUUUCCUGCCAUGGGUAUAUGGAGAGAUAUUUAUAUUCAGGGUUAUAACAAUGCAGUUAUUAGAGAUGUAACAGCUGAAACUUUAAAAGGUACAGACGGAACAUGGAAAUUAAGUAUAGAAGUUUUUGUGGAAAUACCUCAUCUUGCUACAGUAAAUGGUAAAUUGGAAGCUCGAUUAGACUCAACUCCAGUAUCUCUGACAGUUCCAGUAAAAUUUAGUGAAAAAAAUAAGAGUGCUGUUCUGCAAAUUAAUAUUCCUAAGAACGUCAAUAUUAAAGAAUGGUGGCCAAAUGGUUAUGGGAACCAGACACUGUAUAAAUUAUACACAUUCUUUACUGGUAGUAAUGGUCAAGAAAUGGUUGGUAAAAGUAUAAAUAUAGGCUUCAGGACUGUUGAAGUGGUAGAAGAUUUUGUGUCCAGUGACCACUCUCAAGGUACAACCUUUUACUUCAAGAUAAAUGGUCAGCCAGUAUUCUUCAAAGGUUCAAACUGGAUUCCUGCUGAUAGCUUCUUGGAUAGAGUCUCAAAGUCUAGGAUAGAGAAUUUACUACAGUCUGCUAAAGAUGCCAACAUGAAUGUUUUGAGGGUCUGGGGAGGAGGCAUAUAUGAAAUGGAAGAGUUCUAUGACAUUGCAGACAGAUUAGGAAUAAUGAUAUGGCAAGACUUUAUGUUUGGAUGUUCCAUGUAUCCUACUGAUCCAACAUUUCUCAAUAGUGUGACUGAAGAAGUCACUCACCAGGUUAGAAGACUUAAGCACAGACCAUCCAUAGUGAUUUGGAGUGGUAAUAAUGAGAAUGAAAAGGCAUUAAGACAAAGCUGGUAUAACACUGAUGUGAACUUUACACUAUACUACAAUGAUUACAUCAAAUUAUAUAAAGAUGUGAUUUAUAAAGUUGUACAAAAGGAAGACCCAAAUCGUCCAUUUAUAGCCUCUAGUCCAGCUAAUGGUAAGGAGAGUAUGGCUGAAGGAUGGGUUGCCAAAAUGCCUUGGGAUGAACAUUAUGGAGAUAUACAUGAAUACAAAUAUAUGGAUCCAUUCUUCAUGCCAUCCUCUUACAGAAUACCACGGUUUUCAUCAGAAUAUGGUCUGCAGUCACUACCAUCAUAUGAGUCUCUGGAUGCUGUCCUAAAAGAUUCAGAUCUGUAUUACUGGUCUGAUAUGCUAGAACACAGGCAACAUCAUCCUUUUGGUAUGGUUGAGAUGAUGGCAGAAGUUAUCAUGUACUUACAUUUACCAAACAACCCUGAUAAACAGAAGUUAUUUAUGGACCAGAUUUAUGUGACACAGAUUGACCAAGCAAUAGGAAUGAAGACAGAAACUGAACACUAUAGACGAUGGCAGAAUAAACUUGAUGAUAAAGGCAGAGGACUUACAAUGGGAGCUAUGUACUGGAUGCUUAAUGACAUUUGGCAAGCUCCCACAUGGUCUUCACUUGAAUACUCAGGGAAAUGGAAGAUGCUGCAUUACUUUGCCAAAAACUUUUUUGCUCCACUUUUAAUUUCACCAACACAAGAAGGGAACAAUAUAGAGGUUUACAUCAUUGUAGACCAGAUCCCAUCUUCUGUACACAGACAUCCACAAACAGGCCAGGUUCACUUCAAACCAAUCACUAAUUUAUUUGCACCAUGGAAUCCACAUCCUCAGUCGCAAAAUAAACCACAAUCAAAUGUGACAUCUGGUACCUUGUACAUACAGAUGUACUCGUGGGAUAGUUUAACACCACUUCAUACUUGGACACAAAAUUAUAAUUUACAGAAGACAACCGACAUGGUAUUUCAAGCUGAUGUUAAUGCAAUGAUGUCUACAGCUGGAUGUAUCAGAACAAAAAAUUGUUUUCUUUACUUCCACUUGGGGGAUCCAGUUAAUGGUCCAACCAACUGGUUUUCACUUUCAACUUUUAAAGAUGCAAUUGGUUUACAAAAUGCAUCAAUACAGAUAAUUGAUGUAAAAGAAACAGUUCCUAUGAAAGAAUUUAACAUCACACUACAAAGUACAGCAGUAGCCCCAUUUGUAUGGUUGGAUGCCUACAAAACAAUGGGUAGAUUUAGUGAUAAUGGAUUCUUAAUGAUACAAGCACAGAAAGUAGUAACAUUCUAUGCCUGGAAUGACACAAGUGGUGCUAAUUUAAAGGCCAGCUUGAAUGUCAAAUCCUUAAUGGAUAUUUACUUUUGAUUAUUUAUUGUAUAACUAAAGAUAUUCAUUGUGAGCUAUGAGCUAAUGAUGUGAAAAUUCUGUAUUAAAUUCAGACUUAC